GUCUAAUUGUAUUGGAUUGUGAUAAAAGUUUCAGAAAAAUGACUAUUUGGACAACUGAGGAGGAGGAAAGGAUUCUUAAGGUGUUGCGGGAAGCAGGUUCUUGUGAAAAAUGUUGUCAGCGUUUCCUUGGUUUUAAACAUUCCAUCAUAUACAAGUCUCUGCACAAGGCUGAGACAAUGAGACUAGAGGAAGAACCCGCAGAGAAGAAACUUAAACCCAAUCCUUGUAUUGUCUGCUUAGGAACUCUACAGGAUGCAUAUAUGAUGCCAAGAAUGGAGGAGAUAAUAGGUCAGAUAAAGGAGUCUGGAUAUGAUGCUGAACGGUUUACUUUAUCCCUCUCUCUACCAAUAUCUCUGUCUAUCAGACAACAUGCUCUUUGGUUGCAUCUUGAGCGUGAGGCCCCUGAACUGAGUUCUAAGCUUGACCAGGAGGAUAUUGUUCCUAUUAAACAAAUCUGGAAAUAUAUUUAUCCAGAUCUAGUCUCAUCACAAGUUGGACUCACACACGAGAACGGAGAUACAGCAGAUUUCUAUGUUGAGCUGGUGAUCCAGUGGUGGAAGGACGAGGAGGAGAUCCAGGUCAUGGAGAAGAUCUGUCCCAGGGAGUACAGGGAUAGGGCACAUAAGGUAAUAAUCUAG